CCUGCCAAGUACGGGGUUCUCAGAACGGGCUGAAGAAAAACAAGGUUGCUAGGGGACGUGUUGCGCAAAACUCUGUCCGACCGUAAGCUCGGUAUCCCUUCGAUUCCCCAGAUUUGCCGACGAAUCCCGUACCCAAUCAACUGUAACCCGUGCCGCUGCAAUCAAUGGCCUCGCUGCUGAAGUUUUCGGCUGGCCUGCGGGCGUACAGCCGCAGCCACCAGCUGCUGUUCCGGCGCACUAAGGUUUCGAAUGCGGCUGAAUUCCGGGCCGCCCUGGUGAACGUCCCACCGACCGAGGUUACCACGCUGGACAGUGGGCUGCGUGUGGCGAGCGAAGAUUCCGGCUCGCAGACGGCAACCGUCGGGCUGUGGAUCGAUGCCGGCUCGCGCUACGAGAACGACAGCAACAACGGGGUCGCCCACUUCCUCGAGCACAUGGCGUUCAAGGGUACGGCCAAGCGGUCCCAGACCGACCUGGAGCUCGAGGUCGAAAACAUGGGCGCCCACCUGAACGCGUACACGUCCCGGGAGCAGACCGUGUUCUACGCUAAGUGCCUGUCGAAGGACGUGCCGAAGGCGGUCGAGAUCCUGUCCGACAUCAUCCAGCACUCGAAGCUGGGCGAGGCGGAGAUCGAGCGCGAGCGGGGCGUGAUCCUGCGCGAGAUGCAGGAGGUCGAGAGCAACCUGCAGGAGGUGGUGUUUGACCAUCUGCACGCGACCGCCUACCAGGGUACGCCGCUCGGCAACACCAUCCUUGGCCCGACCAAGAACAUCCAGUCGAUCGGCAAGUCGGACCUGCAGCAGUACAUCGAUGCGCACUACAAGGCGCCGCGUAUCGUGCUGGCAGCGGCCGGCGGCGUACGGCACGGAGAUCUGGUGCGCCUAGCCGAGCAGGCCCUCGGCAAGGUGAGCUCGAGCGUGGAUGGGAAGGCGGCUGCGCUGGCCCCGUGCCGGUUCACCGGCUCGGAGGUGCGCGUGCGGGACGACUCGCUGCCGCUGGCGCACGUCGCGAUCGCGGUCGAGGGCUGCGGCUGGACCGAUCAGGACAAUGUGCCGCUGAUGGUGGCGAAUACGCUGAUCGGCGCGUGGGACCGGUCGCAGGGCGGUGGCGCCAACAACGCGUCGAAGCUGGCGAUGGCGUCGGCGACCGACGGGCUCUGCCACAGCUUCCAGUCGUUCAACACGUGCUACAAGGAUACGGGCCUGUGGGGCAUCUACUUCGUGUGCGAUCCGCUCAAGUGCGAGGACAUGCUGUUCAACGUGCAGAACGAAUGGAUGCGCCUCUGCACGAUGGUGACCGAGGGCGAGGUCGAGCGGGCGAAGAACCUGCUCAAGACGAACAUGCUGCUGCAGCUGGACGGCACGACCCCGAUCUGCGAGGACAUCGGGCGCCAGAUGCUGUGUUACAAUCGCCGCAUACCACUGCACGAGCUGGAGCAAAGAAUUGACAGCGUCACUGCCCAGAAUGUGCGCGAUGUAGCCAUGAAGUACAUUUUUGACCGCUGCCCUGCCGUUGCUGCCGUCGGGCCGGUCGAGAACCUGCCCGAUUACGUGCGCAUCCGCUCGUCCAUGUACUGGACCCGCCUGUAAGAUGCGGACGCAUCCACCCCAUUAGGUGACGAGCAAACGAAGUGGAAAGGAAACGGAAAACAACCCUUGCCUGCGCGUAGGCAAGGCGAGAACAGAAUGUGAUCUACGAGACCUCUGUGACUACAGAUCACGCAUAGAACGGCGAGAGGGGAUGAUGGCAUACAUUGCUUAGCCAGUUGCCACUCCUGGUUGGGAGCCUCUCGUCACUUACCUUCCUUGCUUUGUACAGAUAGCCCGAAAUUGAAAUUAAAAUACGUUAAACAAAUAAAAAAAAA